UUUAACUUUACCAAUCUGAACUCCCAAUCUGCCACCCUCGCACACUGCCAUUGCUGUCAAGAUCCACACCAGACGAGUUUGCAACUAUACGAGACCCAACACUGGAGGGGAGCAAGGAAAAUGGUCCUCUGGUCUGGACCAGGCUGACUGUGAGGGGUUCUUGCCGACGUCGCCGUUGUAAGACUUAGUCCACUUGACGAAUCACCACCGCCGACACCAAAGCUCCAUCCUCCGGUAAUGCUCUAUUUUCAGGAAAAUCAGUAUAUUUGAUUUCGUUGCCGUCAAUGCGGGUGGAACAGCUCCAAAGAAGCUUUGUCCCACAGUCUGGUUCUAUGUGAAUAAGCAAGCUUUCAACGCUAUAAAACCUACAAUUUCCUUCUACUCCUUCAUCCAGAUCCAAAGCAUGUUUUCUCAAGUACGUAUGCCUUCAACAUCAUCGGUUUUUUCAGCAUACACCACCUUUGUUGCAUCUGCAAUGCUGGUUAAAACCAUGCUACAUGAAGUUCAGACCUUGGCCAAACAGCUCGUACCUCAACAACUCCAGGACAAGAUUUUAUCAGGAAUUGGAAGGCUUCUUGGGGAUCCCUCCUCUCAGAUGACUCUUGUCAUUGAUGAAUACAACGGCUACACCAUGAAUCAAAUCUUUGAGGCUUCUCAAAUCUACCUGCCGACCAAGAUCAGCCCAGCAGUAAGUAGGCUCAGGGUUUCCCGAUCUCCAAGAGAGAAGAACCUCUUGGUCACCAUCAACAAGGGUGAAAAGGUUAUUGAUGUAUUUGAGGGAAUUCAACUCAAAUGGGAAAUGGUUUCCAUUACUGAAAAGCAAUUGCCCAUGGGAAUAGACAAGCCUGAACGUAGAUCACUUGAGCUCAGUUUCCUUAAGAAAAACAUGGAGAAGGUACUGAGCUCUUACUUGCCAUAUGUGGUGGAGAGAUCAGAAUCGAUAAAAGAAGAAAACAAGGUGGUGAAGCUCUAUUCCCUUGGGAACCCCCAUGGAGGAGCGGUUGGUGGGGGAGCAUGGGGGUCCAUCAAUCUCGACCAUCCCUCAACUUUUGAAACAUUGGCCAUGGAUUUGAAGCUCAAGGAGGACUUAAUAAAAGACUUGGACAGAUUUGUAAGGAGGAGGAAGUUCUAUAAAAGAGUUGGAAAGACUUGGAAAAGAGGGUAUCUGUUGUAUGGCCCUCCAGGCACAGGCAAGACAAGCUUGAUUGCAGCCAUGGCUAACUAUCUGAAAUUUGACAUAUAUGACUUAGAGCUCACAACUCUCCAGAGGAACUCACAGUUUAGAAAUCUCUUAGCCUCCACCAAGAACAGAUCAAUAAUCGUGAUCGAGGACAUCGAUUGCAGCACUACAUUACAAGACAGACAAGCUGGAAGAAACAACCAAACUACCACCCAGUUGACACUAUCUGGGCUACUUAAUUUCAUUGAUGGGCUGUGGUCAAGCUGUGGGGAUGAGAGGAUUAUAGUGUUGACAACAAAUCACAAAGACAGGAUAGACCCUGCAUUGCUGAGACCAGGGCGCAUGGAUAUGCACAUCCACAUGUCCUACUGCACUCCCUAUGGAUUUAAGACCCUGGCUUCCAACUACCUUGGAGUAAGCAACCACAGACUGUUCACUGAAAUCGAAAGGCUGAUAACAGAGGUGGAGGUGACCCCAGCCGAGAUUGCAGAAGAGCUCAUGAAAAGUGAGGAAGCUGAUGUGGCCCUUGAAGGACUCAUCGAGUUCCUCAAGAGGGCCAGGAUUGCAGAAAAUAAAUCAAAUGGUGAGGGAAAAGAAGUUGAUGAACAAGGAACAGAAAGACGGGAUGUUGUUGAGAGUGAGAAGGUAGUAGAAACAAAGAGGCAGAAGAUAGCGAAUGGAGAACUAGAGAUUUCUGAUUUUAUGCCAUGCGCAUACUCGUUUUCUGUAGAAGAAAACCAAUCCUGCCUUCUCUGAGGCCUGUAAAACUAUGAACUUCAAAUAGAACCCAUUGAAUUUCAAAUUGGGGAUGGAGGGCACUAUCCACGAUUCACCCAGGACAGGUAAGUAUGAAAAAUGUGGCUAAAACUUUCAUAUAUAUAUUAUCUGGUUUGAUUCUCUUUC